GGAAGAUCUUCCUCGGUGUUCGUUCUCUUUGACGACAGAGAGAGAUUACGCGCUUCGCUGCGUCGUGCUGCGAGUCAUUAAUUUGGCGUUGUGCGAAUCAAUCUCUCUCUUUUUGGGAGAAAGAAGGAUAGAGAGAUGGAGGCCGGCACGUCUGCCGCAUCUCCCUCUGAGCCGCCGUCUGCUGCUGCUGCUGCUGCUGCUGCUGCUGCAUCGAGUCCGGCCCAGAGGGAGAGGGAGAGGGAUACCAUCUCGCUGGAUGAGUUCAGGCGGCUGCAGGUCUGUGAGGGAGUGAGGGAGUGAGGUGCCAACAGACAGACAGACAGACAGACAGACAGACAAUAGGACAGAUCAGCGGAAUGGCAUCCAUCCAUCUCAUCUCUCUCUGUCUGUGUGUCUGUCUGUUUGUCUGUCUGUCGGUGUCUGUCUGUCUGUCUGUGUGAAAUGGUGCAGCAACAACUGCUGGAGCUGAAGGUGGGUUACAGAGUGUGGAGUGUGUGGGUGGUUGGUUGGCAUCUGCUGCGCCUGUGUGUGUGUGUCCAUCAUCAUCAUCUCUCUCUCUCUCUCUUUCUCUUUGUCUGUCUGUGUGUGUGUGUGUGUGUCUGUAUGUUAGGCGGCAAACUAUGCGCUCGAGGAGCGGUGCGUCAAGCUGCAGCAGGAUAAUGUCAGCUUCGGCUCACAAGGUCCAUCACGCCACACACACACACACACACAAGCACACGAACACACACACAUAUGCCGCUCUGUCUGUCUGUCUGUCUGUGUGUGUGUAGCUGGCAAGUUCUUCCACCGCCUGACGCCCAAGAAGCUGCAGCAGCAGCAGCAGCAGCUCUUGCAGAUGGACACUGAGCCAAUGGUCGGUCUGAUGUCUGUCUGUCUGUCUGCACGUCACUGUGUGCGUCUGUGUGUGUGUGUAUGUGUGUGUGUGCGCAGCAGCAAAACGAGUCCUCCCUGCAGGCCGAGAUCUCUUCUCUGCGCGGCCAGCUGAGCUCGCUCAAGACGGUACGGUACACACACACACAGAGAGAGAGAGAGAGAGGUGUCUGUGUGUGUUACGGGUGACUGACCUGCAGGCCUAUGAGCAGGUUGUGUCUGAGAAGGAGAAGAUGGUCGAGCAGGCCGAAGAGCUCUACAAGGUACACACACACACACAAACACACCAGACACACACACACGCACUCUCUCUCUCUGUCUCUCUCUCUCUGUCUUCAGGAGCAGGAGACCGCCCUCCGCACGACCCUCAAGGAGUACUACGAGCAGACUCAAGCCGAAAAGGAGAAGGAGAGAGAGAGGCAGCAGCAGCAGCAGCAGCAGCAGCAUGACGAUGACCAUGAGCAUGAAGCCCCCCCAGCAGCAGCAGCAGCAGCAUCGUUCGACCGCCUGCUGGCAGCCAUCAAGGACAAGUACGGUUGCCCGACUCCACACACACACACACACACACCUCUCUCUCUGUGUGUGGUGUGUAUGUGUAGGGUGACUCCUGAGGCGUUGAAGGCAUUUCUAGACGAGAGAAAGAGAGAGAAACAGUGCACGACUGAGACUGAUACGGCAGAAGGUGCGCUCGCUGACACACACACAUGCAGUCCAUCCAUCCCUCUCUGUGUGUGUCUGUGUGUGUGUGGACAGAGGCGUCAGAGGAAGAAUCCGCACCGCCAGCCACAGUCACAGACACACAAGAAGGUCUGCACCCACACCCACACACACAGGCAAACACACACACGGGCGUGAUUCUGUGUGUGUGUGCAGAAGAUACUGUGUCUUGGGUGUUGGAGGGUCUCUACGCCCUGCUGACUGAGCACUUGCAGACAGAGAUGCAGCAGACAGAGAGAGAGGCCCCACAGCCACCACAGCUCCAUCCAGCGAGAGCUUCCACCGACACCACUCUGCAGGCACCUACACACACGACAAGCGACACACGAAUGCCUCAGCCCCCUCUCUCUCUGUCUGUGUCUCUGUCUGUGUGUGUGCAGAUGAGCGAGUCGGAGGGCGGUGGUGUGUCCGAUGAGGCCUCGGAGACGCAAAAGCGGUUUUUGACGAAGAUUCAGAGGCAGCAGGUACACACACACACACACAGAGAGAGAGAGAGAGAGGGAGAAAGGGAGAGGGAGAGUGGCUUCCCUGCCAGCAAACCACGCGCGCGCACACACACAAAUGUGUGUAUGUGUGUGUGUGUGUGUCCGUAGAUGGAGCUCGACACACUGAGGGAGACCGUCGACCGCCAGACGCUCCAAAUCCAGCAGUGAGUCCACAGCCCCCACACACCGCACACACACGUCCAUCCCUUCCUCCAUCCAUCCCUCUCCCUCUCUGUGUGUGUGACACACACACGACCAGGUUGACCAUGCAAGUCACCGAGUACAAGACAAGCGAGGGCCACAAUGUCGCCCAGAAGGUGCGCAGACACACACACACACAGAGACAGAAAGAGAGAGAGUGUGUGUGUGUGUGUAGUUGGAGGAUCUCCGCACGCGCGAGGCGGCUUUGGAGAAGCAGAGAACGAUGCUCAUGCAGAGACUAGGUGGGUAGAGGUGUGUUGUCCAUGUGUGUCUCGACUGCACUAUCUCUCUCUCUCUCUCUUUCUCUCUCUCUCUCUCUCUCUGUCUGUGUGUGUGUGUGUGGUUGGGUGCAGAGGAGCAGUCCUCUGCAGCCAAGCAGGCCUACGAGAUGAAGUGCGCCAUCCAGGUGGGUGACCCUUCUCCCCCAACACACACAGCCACACACUCCGCUAUUGAAUGGGUGUGUGUCAACGAACCAACAGGACCUGGCGCAGCGGCUGAAGGAGCGGGAGACGCAAAACACGGUGAGGUCGCUGACAACACCCACACCCACAGAGAGAGAGAGAGAGAUGCAGACACAUCACACAUAUGCCUUCUUUGCUGGCUCUCUCUCCGUGUCUCUUUAUGUCUGUGUGGUUUGUGCAGCAACUGCGUGACGAGCUGCUGGCCUUGCGGGCCGAGCAGAGCCGAAUGCGGGAGGAACAGAUUCUCCAACACGUACACACGCCCCUCACACACACACAGCCACAGCCACACACAGCUUCCCAAGUCUGUCUGUGUGUGUGUAUGUAUGUGUGUGGGUGUUGUCAUUCACAGCAAGAGCCGCGGCAACCACCAGCAGCAGCAGCAGCAGCAGGAGGGGAGCGCUCUCCCUCUGCGAGCGACACGUCUAUCGACCAACAGGUGAGGCACACACACACACACACACACAGAGAUAGGGACACAGAGAGAGAGGGAGAGACGACGAACGUCAACACAUCCCUCCAUCGCGUCAUGAUGGGUGGAUGCGUCGCAUUGCAGGCAGUCGGCCCCUCUGACUUGAGCGACAUGGACAUCAGUGUGCAGGAGGUAUGUGCCCCCCCACCCCAACACACACACAGACACAGAGAGAGAUAGAGAGAUGUGUGUGCCUGUAGAGCCUGUCCGGUGGCGAGGAGAGAGAGAGGAGUCAGAGGGAGAGGGAGGAGCCGCUGUCGCCGUCGCCAGCUGCACUCGCACCACCACCACCGCCACCACCACCGCCACCCACUGACUCUGUCGAAGCUGCAGUAGCCCCCCCACUCACAGAGAGAGGGAGAGAGAGGGAGAGGGAGGGGGGUCUGUGCGUCUGUGUGUCUGUGUGUCAGCUGCGUCUCGAGCUGGAUGAGCUCAAGAUCGAGAAGGCCAUCAGCGAACGGAGAGCAAGGCAAGCCACACACCCUCCCUCCCUCCGUCCAUCGCUCUCGCGCUCUCUCUCUCUCUCUGUGUGUGUGUGUUGGGUGCUGCAGGCAGGAGCUGAAAGAGAUGAAGGCGCUGCUCAAGACGGAGAGGGACCUCAAGAACAGAGUAACCUCUCACACACACGCACUCAGAGAGAGAGCACCCAACUGCCGACAAACAGAUCAACAGACACACACCAUCCCUCCGCCGCCCAUUUCUCUAUCUCUCUCUCUCUCUGCAGGCCGACCGCGAGUGCCAGCGUCUGUUGGCGCAGGCGAUGGACAGCCAGCUGCACUUCCAGUUCACCGACGAAGACAUCGACGAGGAUGAAGAUGCAGCGGCACACGGGGAGAGGGGAAAUGGCACACACGCAGAGAAACGGUGCGCACACACAGAGAGAGAGAAAGAGACAGACACAGAGAUAUUCGCGACGAAGAGCCCAUCCCUCUCUCCCUCUCUCUCUCUCUCUCUCUGUGUGUGUGUGUGUGUGUGUGUAGGGACGAGCGCCCAGACCACCGCGACCACCACACUGCCGGCGAGCCGUCAUCAAGCAGCAGCAGCAGCAGCAGCACACAAGGGGCGAGUGCCUUCCAGAUCACCAAACUGCAGAAACUGCAAAAGGUGCUCAUUACAUCAAGACAGACACCCCCCACUCUCUCUCUCUCUCCGUGUGUGUGUGUAUGUGUGUGUGUGGUUGGUGUGUAGGAGAAAGAGAUUCUGCGGACCCGUGUUGCGGAGCUGGAGAGCCUCACAAACGGUGAGAGAGUGAGUGUCUCUGCGCGCAUCCCUCUUAUGUCUUGUGUAUUGUCCGCAGGGCUUAUGGACGACCUGGCAAAGCUGCAGGACAGCGAAAAUGCCCUCAAGGUCGACCUGUUUCUCACCCACUCCGCCCACACCCACACCCACACACAUCCCUCCCUCAUUUCUCUCUGUCUCUCUCUCCCUCUGUCUGUCUCUGUGUGUGCAGAUGGACCUCAAGGGCAAGAGCGAGAUCAUCGCACACCUCCUCAAGAAAUACGCCCUCGCACACGAAGGCAAGACAGCCCCACGCCCCUCCACCACACCCCUUUCCCCCAACACACACCUGUCUGUCUGUCUGUCUGUCGCACGCGCAGAGAGCUUUCGCGCGCCGCCCACCAGUGGGCGCAACAUCGGCAGCCUGUUCAACCGAAACAAGGUACCCACACCCACACACACACAGACACACAUACAGAGAGAGAGAGAGAGAUAUAGAAGGUGCCUCUCUCUCCCCCCCCCCCCUCUCUCUCUGUGUGUCGAUGGAUCAGGGCGCGUAUCGCUCCCUGAAGCCGGCAGAGAUGGAGCGCAUCAUGGAGGAGACCCUCCUCGACAACAUACGGCUGCGGACAGACCUCCAAACCAUUGGCGACGAGUUCAGGUCGGCACGGGUGCGUUGUUUGUGUGGGUGGAUGUGUGUGUGGCGGGGGCAUUCCUGUCCUGUGAAUGGGUGGUUUAGGCGUCAGCUGGGCCAUGGGCAUCACCAUCUGAUGCCGUCAAGCUCAUCAGCAGCGCCCCCUCCCCCUCCCCCACCACCGCCACCUCUCUCAGUGGCAACCACACACACGUAGGCACCCAAUAGACACACACACACACACACACACAUCGACGGAUCCCUCUCCCUCUCUCUCUCUCUGUGUGCGUCUGUGUGUGUGGGAUUCAGGGGUGACCACCAUGACCACAUUGAUUCUGAGACGCCCCUUCACGAGGAAACGGUGCUGUUUGACGCCCAGCACAGCCACACCCACCCCCACACACCAGCAGCCACAACACCCAACGCAGCCGCAGCCACAGAGAGGGGGGAGGGGGAUGGGGAGGGGGAGGGGGAGGGGGACGACCGAGAGCAAGAUGGAGAGCUCAGCUAGAUGGGCGUGUGUGUCUGUGUGUCUGUCUGUCUGUCUGUCUGUGGUGUGUUUGUCGGUUGCGGGCACCACCAUUUGUGUGUGCGCGUCUGUCUGUCUGUAUGUGUGUAUGUGUGUGUGUGUGUGAGGUGGGUAAGAGGUGACCCUUGCUGUCUGGGAGUGUGUGUUGUACUCUUGUUAGCUGGUGUGAUGUGUGAGUAUCCAAACACGGAGAUCUCGCCAUUUGAUUGAUGCUGAGGCGUGUCA